AAAUUUACAACGACUAAUCUACACGCCAUUGUUGUUAUAGAUCGAGUAGUGAAUACCAGUCUUUAAUAGAUCUAGAUUUUGUAUUAAUUUUAUAAAGAACAGAUCUAUAUUAUUUGUUAUCAAAGCUAAAGCAUGAUAUUCGAAUUUUAGACCUAUCAUUGUGAACUAUGGAUUUACUGUCUAGUUAUGAUGAUGAAACUUCUAACACUUCGAAUAGAUCAGCAACUGAACAGAUAUCUAUGAAAUCAGGAUCAGCUGGACUUCUUCAAUCUGAAUGGGAACAUUUUGAGAAAAUGAUUGGUUCAGAAAGUGUGCCUGAUAAAAAGGACGCUGUAAAGGAAGUUCAAACACCAUCUGCUGAAAAAGUAUUGGAAAACCCUAUGCCUUCAAAUUUAUCUGAAAAGAAGGAUAAGGAAGAAGAAGAGGAGGAUGAGUCUCAUCUUCCUCCAGGAGUGAGGAAGAAAAAUAGAUGCCAUAGCAGUAGCAGUAGUUCCUCAGAGAAUGAAAGUUCUAAUUCUGAUAUGUCUACUGACUCUGAUGACUCAGAAACAGAGUCAAAACCUAACAAAGAAAGUAAAACUGAGUCUAGAGAUAAGCCUGAAGUGAAAAAAGAUCUGAAGCAAGACUCACAAGAAAAGACUGCUGAAAAAAGGAUAAAAAAUAGAUCAGUGAGUAGAUCAAGAUCUCGGAGUCCACAUUCUAAACGAAGACGAUCAUCAGAACGGAGUAGGCAUUCACGGUCCCGAUCUAGAUCCAGGCAUCGUUCUAGGUCUAAGCAUCGCAGGAAAGAAAAGAAACACAGAUCUCACAGGUCACGUUCUAAAGAUCGACGUGGAUCCAAAGACAGAGACUACUAUCGGAGUAAGCACAGAGAACGUGAUAGGCAUAGCAAGCGCAGAGAUUUCAGAAAUAGGAGAGAUAGUGAGCGUAGUAGACGAAGUAGAAGCAGGAGCAAAGAUGGCCAUGACCGUAAUCACCGAAGUCGCAGUAGAGAAAACAGUGAGCACCGACGCAGGAGUCGCAGUGGGAGCAGGAGCAGAAGAAGGAAUCCAAGCCCAAGGGGAGGAAAGGUGAUUAAAUAUGGAGAAAAAGUCAUAAAAGCAGGGGCAAGUUUUGGCCGGCCACCACCAUCUAAACCAAUGACUUUCAAAGAAAAAAUGAGACAGCAAUUGAUAAAGGCUAUUGAAGAAGGCGGAGAUGUCACUACUGCUUUAUUGAAUACUGAUGGUACUGUCAUAUGUACUCAAACAGCUGGAACUCAACAAGUACCUGCUCCGAAGAAACCUCCAGUUCCUUUAAUGGCGAAUUUAAUUACCAAUGCAGCUGGUAUUGCUGCAGCUACUAUAACAGCCUCUGAAGCUGCCAUGCAGUCAUUGAUAGAGCUACAGAAGCAGACCACAGAAAAGACUGGUGUUGAGAUUCCCAAAUACUACAACCCUGCUGCCAUCAAUCCAGUCAAGUAUGCUGAACAGGUGCAGAAAAGAAAACUUCUAUGGUCAAAGACUAAAGAGAAGGAAGUUAAUUCUCAAUGGCAUGCAACUACCCUGUCCAGUGACCAUGAUGACAAGUCCAAAGAAAAAUUCAGGAAGUUGAUGGGCAUCAAGCAGGAAGACUCAGGUCUGGCAGAGGAUGAGGAGGAGCUAGAACAGAAGCAGAAGGAGCUGUUUGAAAAGUUAGACAAGGAAUAUCAAUUUGCUCGCAUGGCAACUCACACUCAUAGAGGUGUAGGGUUAGGGUUUGGAUCCAGCUCGUAUCCACCUCCAGGAACAUGACCUGCUGGACAAAGAUCUUCAACUGAGUGUCAACUUCAUUCAAAUCUACUUUGUAAUGAAUGUAUAGUUUUAUACGAAAAUCAUUUAUUAUGUUGAUACCUGGACAAAAUAGUUUGUUAGUUCCUAGUAUAAACUAAGCCACACACAUAAAUGUCAGGACAUCUUGUAUGUAUUGUAUCAUUUUCAUCAAAAGUUAAUUUGCAAUAACAGUGUUCAGUACAUUUUUCAGUGGCUACUAAUGUUGGCAUCAUAAGUGAUUAUUCAAAGUUAACUUGUGUUCUUGAGGGAACUUGUGUGUAUAAGAUAUUAGUAAACUGCCACUCAGUGGUGUUAGUGUAAUAUCAGUUACCUGAGCUAACAUUGUCAUGUUGUAAAUAGUAUUUGUGAUAUCUUUGCACAAUUUUUUUUUUCUGUAUAUGUCAUGCUGUCCUCAUGAUUAAGAGUGUUUGUACAGUUUUAAUUUUAAAGGAAUGAUGUUUUAUUCUUUAUUUGUUUGGGAGAUUUAUUUCUUCCUUCUAUUAGAGAAUGUGUGGACUUCUGCUGUAAUGAAUUAGAUAUAUCAAACAUCAGAGCUAUGCAGGUUAUGACUAUCAUACUUUCAUAACUUCUAGGUUUAGAUCAAUAAGAUAAUCUUCAUUUAGACUACAGAUCUAUACUUGAAAAGUUAACUAUGAUUACAAUUGGUAAACGAAGACUAGUCCAUAAUUUUACACCUACUUUCAAUAGUGACUCACAUUAGUCAAGUUGGUAAUUAAGCAGAUAUUAAGUAUGCAGACCUAAAAGAGGUGAAUGCUGCAAAAAAAAAAUUUAAAAAUUCUUUUGUCACAACAAAAAUGUUGCACGCACACCUUAUUAAAUGCUCUACUUUUUAGUACCAGGUUAUCAUAAACUCUACAGUGACAUUGAUGCAUUAUUUCAAUAGAUAUUAUUGGAAAUAAGGCUAUAGAUUUCAUAACUGAUAAUUACCUUUUCAUAUAAAAUGUUCACUGAUUAGAUAUUUGGAAAUAUUAAUUAUCUAUUUAUAAUGUGCAUUCCUACAGACCAUACCAAAGUAAGCCAAAAACUUUGAGUAAUAUAAAUAGUCUAUUAUUUUUUAAUCCAUAUCUGAUCAUUAUUUUUUUUUUUUUUUUUAAGUCAUUCUAGAACUUGGCUUGUAUGUUUGCUUAUUCAUUGUUUUACUUGAAUGCCAGCUCAACAAGCUACAGGGAGUAUAACUUUAAUAGUAUUGAUGUUUGUUGUGAGUGACUAUAUUUAAUAGCUGUGGUUAUGCAGUCUUCAUUACAUUUCAUUUGUUGUUGAAGAGACUGUAAAUACUCUAUUGGGUGUCCACAGUCAGUUUUGCCCAUGUAUCUCAUUGAUUGUUUCAUGUGUUUAUACAUUGAUCUGAUAAGUACAGGUUAAUACUAUCAGAUGUAAAUAAAGAUGUUUCAAAAGUAAA